GAAACAAAAACAAUAACAAAACAAAAAACAUGCGAAAAACAAAAGAAAAGCUUGCCUCUCAGGCUCCGAGGUCGCAGCUGGCGCCAGCGCAGCGUGGCCAGAGUCGCCUCAGGCAGGUUGCGCGCAAGAGUGCCCUGACGUCUGGGCGCCGUAGUGCUUUCACACUGGGUGGUUUCGACCAUUUUCGGGGCAAGGGGCCAUCACAGAUCCCAGGGAUCCAACGUGUUGACAAGAUCCAGACGGAGGUGCGUCGCUGCCGCCUCUGGAGGGCCUUGCCAGGGCGGGCUCCCGGGAGGCGGGCCGGCUGCGGAGGGAGCAGAUGGGUGCGUGCGAGCGGGACUACCCGGAGUACAUCUCGUUGCGUGAUGCCCGAGCCCGAACCAGACGUCCGGGUCGGUUUGGGAGGUCGCCGCGGCGAUCGCGGCGACCACAAGGGGGCAAGUUGUUUGUCAAGGAGCGGCAUGCCCCUUGCCAGCCUCCCUCCCCCGCUCUGCGAUUUGGACGCUGCUCGCCAUCACCAAUGCAGCGGCGGAGAGUUGUCGAUGUUCUGUCCCACAUGGGCAUCCAUGUUUUCUGGUUGGGGGGUCGAUGAUCACGCAACGUACGUCGGCUACCUGGCCAGGGCCUUCGGGAACCGCACGGCGACGGCCGAGGAUCUCGACAUGGAGCCCGGCCUCGGGGAGAGUCCGUACGCGCCCGACGGCCUGGGUCGCCUGGGCCUCACGUUCACGGCGUCCGGGGACGGGGUCACGAUGGAGGUCACGCAGAAGCCCCGCGGAGAGAGGCUCAAGUUGGAGGGGCUCCUCAAGCUGAUGCAGGGGGUGGUGGACCGCCACGAGGAGCUGCUGAACGAGGAGCUGCUGGCCGCAGGCGGGACCGUGACGCUGUACUGGCGGUUCAUGAACGGAGACUGCCCGGAGACGAGGCGGCGCGAGGGGCUACCUCUGCACGGCUGGUCCUCGGACUGGUCCCACACCGACGUCGCGAUGCCCGACUUCACCUUUACGGAGUACAGCGACAUUCGGUCGCGUGAGGUCAACCCCGAUUGGGACUCCAACGGCUGGGAGGACGUGCAGGAGCGGCUCCACAAGAUCAAGAAGACCAAGCGUGGAUUCGUCUAUCGAGGUUCCAUGAGCAACGCGGCGCGCAAAAGGCUCGGGGAGGUGGCCAACGCGCCGCCGCCAGAGAGGCUCAGGGAUCUGCUGGCCGAGGUGGCCCCAGAUGGCUUCGACGUUUCCAUGAUGCAAACCAACGGGUCCAAGAAAGAGAAUUUCUUGAGCAUCUACGACCAGUGCAAGUACAAAUACACCUUCCACGUUGCCGGGAAGCACUAUUCCGCCAAUCUCAAGUACAAGCUCGCGUGCAACCAGACGGUGUUCAUGAUCGGACGCAAGGCGUAUUUGAAAGAGGAGUUUUGGUACGAAGCCCUGCGCCAUGGGAAGAACAUUUUCUUCAUAAAGGAGGACUUGAGCGACUUGUGGGACGUGAUCGAGGAGGCAUUGCGGCCUCAGGACGGCCUCCCAGCCGGCAAGCGCGCCGAGAUCGUCGCCGGAGAAGGCCGGAAUCUAGCGGACACGUACCUCUCCCAGCGGGGCAUCGAUUGUUACGUCAACAUGUACCUCACGGAGUAUUACCUGCCGUUGUGGAGCAGGGCGCGGUACAUUCACAGCGAUCCAUCGGUGAAUUCCACCUUGCAGAUGUGGAAGGACGACGAGGACAAGGCGCUGCAGCUUCGAAUGGACGACGAGGCCCGCGACUUCGAGGCGCUGGAGUCGGAGUGGAAAGCGCUCGAGCGCAGCCAGCGGUGA